AUGCUCCGAGCCUUUAGUCACACAAACGGUAGGUGUGUGCUCCAUCACACUAAGUGCUGGCAUCAUCGUAAGUCUGUGCUGGCCAUCAGGAGAGAAGAUGUUAAUGCCUGGGAGAGGAGAGCACCUCUGGCACCAAAGCACGUCAAGGAACUGACGCAGAUGGGGUACAAGGUCUUGGUGCAGCCCUCAAACCGCAGAGCCAUCCAUGAGAAGGAUUACGUCAAAGCAGGUGGCAUUAUUCAGGAAGAUAUUUCUGAGGCUUCUCUGAUAAUAGGCGUGAAGAGACCUCCGGAGGACAAAUUAAUCCCUAAAAAGAGCUAUGCCUUCUUCUCUCACACUAUUAAAGCCCAAGAAGCAAACAUGCCCCUUUUGGAUGAGAUUCUAAGACAGGAAAUUCGACUGUUUGACUAUGAAAAAAUGGUUGAUCAUAAAGGAAUGCGAGUUGUGGCCUUUGGAAAGUGGGCUGGUGUAGCAGGAAUGAUCAACAUUCUACAUGGAUUGGGAUUACGAUUUUUAGCCCUGGGACAUCACACUCCCUUCAUGCACAUUGGGAUGGCACAUAACUACAGGAAUAGCAGUCAGGCUGUGCAGGCAGUACGGGAUGCCGGGUAUGAAAUUUCACUGGGAUUGAUGCCAAAGUCAGUUGGGCCCUUAACAUUUGUGUUUACAGGCACUGGUAAUGUUUCUAAGGGUGCUCAAGAAAUGUUCAAUGCCCUCCCAUGUGAGUUUGUGGAACCACAUGAGCUAAAGGAAGUUUCUAGAUCUGGAGACCUCAGAAAAGUGUAUGGAACUGUGCUAAGUCGUCACCAUCAUCUUGUAAGGAAACGUGAUGGACUGUAUGAUCCAGUAGACUAUGAUAAACAUCCAGAACUUUACACUUCUCGUUUUAACACUGAUAUUGCACCCUACACAACUUGCUUAAUUAAUGGCAUAUACUGGGAACAGAACACUCCUCGCUUGUUAAGUCGACAGGAUGCUCAGAAUCUGCUGGUGCCAGUUAGAUCUGCUGCUGGUGCAACAGAGGGCUGCCCUGAGUUACCACACAAACUUAUAGCAAUAUGUGACAUUUCAGCAGACACUGGAGGAUCUAUAGAAUUUAUGACAGAGUGUACAACAAUUGACAGUCCGUUCUGUAUGUAUGACGCUGACCAGCACAUUAUUCAUGACAGCGUUGAAGGCUCUGGGAUUUUGAUGUGUUCCAUUGACAAUCUGCCAGCACAGCUUCCUAUAGAAGCAACAGAGUACUUUGGUGAUAUGCUUUUCCCAUAUAUUGAAGAGAUGCUGUUAUCAGACGGCUCAGAACCUCUUGAAAAGCAGAAUUACUCACCUGUUGUUCGAGAUGCAGUGAUUGCAUCCAAUGGCUCACUGACACCUAAGUAUGAAUAUAUCCAAAAAUUGAGAGAAAGCAG